AUGGGCUUUACUCUUGAAGAAACAGAAGAAUUACGGAAAUUGUGGGAAUGGGAAACAGAAUGUCCACAUGAAAUCGAUUCUUCCGCAUCUUUACCAUCUUCAUCCAACGAAUAUUUAUCGUCGGACAGUGUUUACUUGAAACACUUGCUUAGCAAACCUUUGGCACAUGCUCUUCGUGAUAUAGUUACAAGGAAACCUUUCGAUCCUGUCGAAUAUCUUGGACAUUGGCUCUUGAAUUAUAAAAUCUGUGAGGAAAGGGAGACCAGAAAGAAAGAAUUCGAAUUGGAAUUAAUGAUCGAAAGGGAACGAACCAAGCUACAGAAGGGCGAGGAAGAGGAAGUAUCGGUGUUGUCGCAGGGUGAAGAAGAAGAAGAAGAAGAAGAAGGAUUUUUCGACGAUUGGACCUUUGUAAACGAUGAAGAAUUAGAAAUUUCUUAA